GCAGUUUCCGCACGCUCGGGGACAGAGGUAGACUAGGCAUACUUCCACCUUCAGACUGGCAGGCUCCUCCAGCAGCCAUUAGACUUUCAGCCCUGACUGCUUCCAGCCCUGAGUCACAGAGGAGGUACCAGUGACCACUCCAAUUACAACAGCAGCUGUAGCGGCGACAGCAGCCGCCCUGUCAGUCAGGCACAUCUGCCCUCCUGGACGCAUCGCAUUGUACAGGUGAAAGUCCCAGACUCCUGGCCAGGAUUUAAGUUUGCCUCAAAUAUGGAAGUAGACUGGGAUAAUUACAGCUUGGAAGAUCUCUUCGACAUGGAAAAUUAUAGUUACAACACUGACCUGCCCACUAUUCUGUCAGACUCUGCCCCAUGCAGGCCAGAAUCUCUGGAAAUCAAUCAGUAUGCCAUGGUGGUCAUCUAUGCCCUGGUCUUCGUGCUCAGCCUGCUGGGAAACUCCCUGGUGAUACUGGUUGUCUUAUAUAGUCGGGUGAGUCGUUCUGUCACUGACGUCUACCUGCUGAAUCUGGCCAUAGCCGACUUGCUCUUUGCCCUGACCUUGCCUAUGUGGGCUGCCUCCAAGGCAAAGGGCUGGAUCUUUGGCACAGCCCUGUGCAAGGUGGUCUCGCUCCUGAAAGAAAUCAACUUCUACAGCAGCAUCCUGCUGCUGGCCUGCAUCAGCGUGGACCGCUACCUGGCCAUUGUCCAUGCCACACGCACGCUGACUCAGAAGCGGCACUGGGUCAAGUUCAUAUGCUUAGGCAUCUGGGCCCUGUCCCUGAUCCUGUCCCUGCCCAUCUUCGUCUUCCGCAGGGCCAUCUAUCCCCCCUAUUCCAGCCCAGUCUGCUAUGAGGACAUGGGUGCCAAUACUACAAAAUGGCGGAUAGUGAUGCGGGUCCUGCCCCAGACCUUUGGCUUCCUCCUGCCCUUGAUGGUCAUGCUAUUUUGCUAUGGACUCACCCUGCGCACGCUGUUUGAGGCCCACAUGGGGCAGAAACACCGGGCCAUGAGGGUCAUCUUUGCUGUCGUGCUCAUCUUCCUGCUCUGCUGGCUGCCCUACAACCUGGUCCUGGUCGCAGACACCCUCAUGAGGCUCCGGGCGAUCAAAGAGACCUGUGAGCGCCGCAAUGACAUUGGCCGGGCCCUGGAUGCCACCGAGAUUCUGGGCUUCUUCCACAGCUGCCUCAAUCCCAUCAUCUACGCCUUCAUUGGCCAGAAGUUUCGCCAUGGACUCAUCAAGAUCAUGGCCAUCCAUGGCCUCAUCAGCAAGGAGCACUUGUCCAAGGACAGCAGGCCUUCCUUUGUUGGCUCUUCUUCAGGGAACACUUCUACUACCUUCUAGGCCCCUGCCCCUGUUGCAGCCCCUCGGGGCUCCUCUCUUGCCAUCAACACCCCAUUCUAAGCCUCACGCCCACUGGCUGUCCACAGUCUCUAUGUCAAGGCAGCCCCCGUUGUGGUUACAGGAAGUUACUGGGGUCACGUCCUUAUCAGGCCCUCCUUGUAUGGUUGAGAAAGCCUGCCCUGCUGCCCCUCCCCUUACUGUAGUUGCUAUGUCAGCUGCUAGAGCUCAGUCUAUCCUACCACUGAGCCCAUAGCACCCUGUCCCCUGAGACACUUAAAGACAUUUAACAGACAUUCUUUUAAGUGACUACAGAAAGUUCCCACCUUUGGGAGCCAUUAGUGGCAAACAGCAUUGGUUGCUGCCCCAACUCUCUCUUUCUUGCCUGUCAGCAAAGUCCACUUCCCUUGAGAGAGGCCAAAAAGGACAGGUACUCCUUUCUAAGACUCCUUUUUGCUAGGAGUGGCCUUAUCAUUCACUUCUGACUAAUAAGAUUUAAGGGCAAUAGUGUGCUGGUCAACCACUGUCCUGGGGGAAAAAAAAGUCCUGAUUUGUAGCAUUUGCCAAGUUGCCUGGUGUAAAUGCUCCCACCGUGGCGAUGUCACGGGUGGUGGUGUUUAGUAACCCGCUCACAAAAAUCUAGGAAAUGUAAUGAUCUGCUUUCACAAGCAGGUACAAACUGGCUUCAGUGCACCAUUGCUUAAGAGGAAGUCUGCUGGGACUGGAGGACUCCUGGGAAGUACUCCUGAUUAAACACACACACACACACACACACACACACACACCCUUGGUUCUUGCCUUUAAAUAUGGUUGUAGGAUAUAAUGUGACAAAGUGGCAAAAACUAAGUAUGCCCAACAUACUUAGGCAGAUGGAGUCAAAGUAUAAAAAGGACCCGAGAAUGAAGAGCCCAGAAAGAAACCUAAGCAUAAAUGGUCAAAUUGUUUUCAACAAGGGCGUCAAGACUCUUCAGUGGGGAAAGGAUAGUCUUUCAACAAAUGGUGCUGGGAAAACUAUUCACGUGCACAAGAAUGAACUUGGUCUCUUCUCUUACACUAUACACAAAAGUUAACUGAAAAUGGAUCAAAGACCUCAACAUGAGAGUUUCAAUGAUAAAACUCUUAGUAGAAACAUAGAGGAAAAAUUUUAUAACAUUGGAUUCGACAAUGAUUCCUUGGAUAUGACACCAAAAGCACAGGCAACAAAAGAAUAAAUAGAUAAAUUAGAUUUCAUCAAAGGUAAAUAAAACCUUAUGUACGUCAAAGGGUACCAUCAACAGAGUGGAAAGGGAAACCACGGAAUGGAAGAAAAUAUUUGCAAAUCGUAUAUCUUAUACAGGUUACUUUCCACGAUAUAUAAAGAAUUCCUACAAUUCAACAACAACAGACAACAACAAGUGUUGGCAAGGGUAUGGAAAAACUGGUGGAACCCUCGUGCACUGUUGGUGGGAAUGUGAAAUGGUGCAGUUGCCAUGAGAAACAGUGCCUCAAAAAAUGACACCUAGAAUUACUACACGAUCUGGCAAUUCCAUGUCUAAGUGUAUACCCAAAAGAACUGAAAGCAGAGACUCCGAUAUUGGUACACCAGUGUUCAUAGCAGCAUUAUUCACGAUAGCCAAGAGGGGAAAACAACCCAAAUGUCCUUCAGUGGAUGAUGGACAAACAAAAUGUUGGAUAUACGUACAAUGGAAUUUUGUCUUCAGUCUUAAAAAUGAAUGAAGUUCUGAUACAGGCUACAACAUGGAUGAACCUUGAAAACAUUACACUAAGCGAAAUAAGCCAGACAGAAAUAGCGUAUGAUUCUACUUAUUGGAAGUACCGAGAAGAGUCAAGUUCAUAGACAAAAAGUAAAAUAACAGUUACCAGGAAAUGGGGAGAGGAGAAAAUGGGAAGUUAUUGUUUAAUGAGUACAGAAUUCAUUCGAGGAAGAUGAAAGGUUCUGAAGAUGGCUUGUGGUGAUAGUUGUACAAAGGUGUGGAUGUGCUUAAUGCCCCUAAACUGUACGCUUAAAAAUGGUAAAAAUGGUAAAUUCUAUGUUAUGUGUAUUUUACUACAAUGAAAAAAAAAAAAACUAGUUCCCAAAAGACAAAUUGUAGCCACUGAACCAGCCAUGGAACCAUCUACCAAUAAUUUCUUGUUAAGGGAGAUAAUUAAAUGUCUUUUUUUAUAUAUAAACCACUUUUAGUCGAGUAUUUAAUGACUUGCAACAAAAAGCAUCCAAACUGGAAAGUCAGAUAAGGGUGAGCAGAGGUCCCGAGUGUAAAUUUAUUUACAAUAAAUAAACCCCUUUGCUGUUUAUUGGACACACAGAGAGAAGGAUUGAAAUAGAGAUCGAGGCCAGCCUUUCUAUCUCCUUCAUCCUGAGCCCAAGCCUGUUGUUGCUGGUCAUGUGUUAUGGAAGGAAAUGUGUCCCGGGGUCAUCUAGUGCUUCUCAUGACUUUGGGUGAAACCAUAGUCAAGAGUGUCAAGGAUGAUCCGGAUUAGAAAAGCCAAGUGUGUUGACCAGAUCAGCUAGACGGGGGAGCAGGAAGUCAGAGAGCUCUCCUGAGCCCAGUCAGCAACCCCUACUUCGAGUCUCACACAAAACGUACACUCACACACACACGUGCACACAUAUGCCCAUCGUCCAGACUGGCAAAAGCACACUCUUGCAGCAUGGGGAACUGAUUUCCGCACAAAACAAAGGCUUCAACUCACUGCUUUAGCAGUAUUUAUUAAGGGCCUGCCAGCCCAGGGCUCUGGAAUAUGGCAGAGCCUUCCCCGGCAGCCCUCCUGUUCACAUGCCUUGUCUUUGCAGGGGACAAGAGAGCUCUGAGCAGCCUGCUAAGGAAAUAAGACGUCAAGGGGAGUUGAAGUGCGCAGUCCCCAAACUUUACCAGGUUCUGAUCCCCUUCCUGUUACCAGCUCUCUGACCACUAAAUCGGAGGCCUGAAAACAGGCCUCACCAGGGAGGCAGGAGCAAAUCUCUUGAGCUGGAGUGUUCGAAGGGCACGUAACUAGCACUCCCAACUCAGGAAAGUGCAAACAGGAUUAAUCCAGGCAACGAUUUAUCCCUUGUUCUGAGCUCAUUCUGUGCCAGGCACUGUGCUAAGCUCAGGUUCAGGCAUGACCCACCGCUCUGGCCAAGCCUCCAGAGCAGCUUCUGAUUCAGCAGGUGGGAAAGGCAGGUGAGCAUGUAUUUACUAGAGGGAACACCCGAGUUGCCAGAGGGGCCGGUGGUGUUCUGACCUGGCACAGUGGAUGGGCCAGAUGGCUCCCUGAGAUCAUUGUCAGUGGGAAGUUUCACUCUGGUUCCGGGGCUCUGCUCUUUCCUCCUAUAACAAGGGCUCGAGGAAGCAUGUUUCUCCAAGGAAAAUAAGAGGAUUAAACAAGCCCAGAAGCAAUCAGGCAGAGACUCAGUUGCAAUUAGGUGUCUGUUAAUGUUUCUCUUUCUCACUCUCUCCCUCCCUCCUCCCUUGGCACAAGGGACUGACCGACCAAGCCAUCACUAGGAGGAGACAAAUCCCGGGCCUGCCUUUGAGUUGUUGAUUUCUUCCUUCCCUCCCAAGUUUCCAGGCCCGAGUCCCACUGGCAGGGCCCAGCUCCUUUUUUUUUUUUUUUUUUUUUUUUUUAAGGUUUUUUUUUUUUUGAGAGAGAGAGAGAGAGAGACAGGGCGCGAGCAGGGGGGGCGGGGCGGGGCACAGAGAGAGAGGGAGACACAGAAUCCGAAGCAGGCUCCAGGCUCGGAGCUGUCAGCACAGAGCCCGACGCGGGGCUCAAACUCACAAACGGAACAAACAGAACCGUGAGCUCAUGACCUGAGCCGAAGUCAGACGCUUAACUGACUGAGCCACCCAGGCGUCCCUAGGGCCCAGCUCCUUUCUGUCUAGAUCUGCCUGCUCCAUCUAAGCAGGGGGGUGAGGGGGGAGAGGGGGGCUCUUGCUUCUGGAGAUAUAUUCCCCUACUUGCACAAACACCCUUUUUUCUCUGUGGCCCAAGUUUAUACCGCCUUCCUCCACAGCAACCCCUCCCCAUUCUCUGCGGGAUGGGCUCCCUCUGUUCAUGAGAUCAGGACAGCCUCCAGUCUCUCUUGGGUGACAUAAAGAAGUACCUCCAGUUUGCAUAUCACAUUGAAAUUCAUCGCAUGCAGACCCACGUGGAAAACCAUGCCACCACUGCCAUAGUGGAGCUGGAGGCAACCUGGAGCCCGCCUCCCUCCCCGCCAACCCUUGUAGUACAUAAAUGAGGAAACUGAGGCCCGAACAAAGCAACUUCAUCAAAAUCUCAUGGCUGGGUCAGAGUAGAGCUGCAAUAAAAAUUCCUAGUGUGGUUCGUUUUUUCAGAUAUUUUGCUUUUCUUUUUUUUUUUUUUUAACGUUUAUUUAUUUUUGAGACAGAGGGAGACAGAGCAUGAAUGGGGGAGGGUCAGAGAGAGGGAGACACAGAAUCUGAAACAGGCUCCGGGCUCUGAGCCGUCAGCACAGGGGCCCGACGCGGGGCUCGAACUCACGGACCGCGAGAUCGUGACCCGAGCCGAAGUCGGCGCUCAACCGACUGAGCCACCCAGGCGCCCCAGAUAUUUUGCUUUUCUAGUGGUGAGACUUCAGGCCCCUUACAAACAGAUGGGGGAAAUAUAUACAUGGACGUCUCAGAGCAUUCUGCUCAUACAGGUAGGGCCAGUCUCUACUUCACUGCCUACACUCAUAUGAUAGAGGUAAGGGCCAACUGAGGCUUGGGGCCCAGGGUUGGGAGCAGGCUCAGAACAGGGUUACCGUAUUCUGAGCUGGUACGCAAGCCAGUUAAAGAGACAAUUGGAACCCAGCACAAAGUGCAAAGACAGGCAGCCCUAAACCCUCUAUCGAGGACACACGCGCUGUCACGCAGGGUUCAAUUAGGAAAGCGGGACCCCUUGGAGGAGAGAUGGGUUAUAGGGAUCUGACUGUAUGCAGUUGUGGGAGCUGGCUAGACAGUCUAGGUCAGGCUGCGGUCUUUGCUUCUGGUGCUGGGACCCGGAAGUGGCAGGACAGGUGGCUGAGGAGGAGAGAUCACGUGAGGCAGAGAAUAGGACAAGCUGGACCGUGCAACGACAGACUGAGACCUGCACUGGCCUCUCAUGGCCUUCAAGUUCAAUGUGUGAUGGCCUGCGGGACACGCCAAUGCCUGCGUCAUGAAGGUCAGAGCACACCUGGCUCUGGAGCAGGAAGUGCUGCAGAUUCAGCAGCCGCCCCACACUGACAAGAGGAGCCAGCAAAUGAGGCACAACAUAGAUCAGCAUCUGCUGCCUCGCGCUGACCUUCCAGAGCAUAAAAAGAAUGCAGCUUCUGCUGGUAAAGCUCACACAGAAGUCUCUCCUGGCCGACGGCUAAGGCGGAACUAGGCAAGAAAGGGAGCUUGAGGAAACGUGAUUCCAGUUUAACUACAUCAACUCAUUACGAAUCUUCCACACAAACAUAGGUGCAGACUCGAAAGAAGAAAAAUGGUUACCACCGAAAUCUGGAUAAUGUUUACUCAGGGGCUUCCUGGUAAUAUUCCCUUUCUUUACCUAGGAUAUGGAUACCUGGGAUUUGUUGCGUCACUAUACUUUUUUUAAAACGUUUAUUUAUAUUUGAGAGAACGAGCAUGCGUGCGAGUGGGGGAGGGGCACAUAAAGCCAGGGAGACCGAGGAUCCCAAGCCAGCUCUGUGCUGAGUUCCACCGGGGGCUCGAACUCACAAACUGAGAGCAUAACCUGAGCCGAAGUCGGACGCUUAACUAACUGAGCCACCCAGGCGCCCCUGAUGUAUCAUUAUUCUUAAAGCUAAAAACAUUAGUUUUCUACAACCUGUAGUAUGUGUUCUACUCACCACAAAAGUGCUUUUAAUCACUAAAAUUAAGGGAAAGAAUAUGAAGGAAGUUACCAGAAGAACAAAGGACAACUCUGGUCAUUUGGAGCAGCCACUGCAGGGAGUCAAGGGGAGGCUGCCACAUCCUAUAGUUUUGGGGGUCAGAAGCCACCAGAUUAGAAGACAAUAUCAUCACCCAUACUUGGUAGCAGGGUAAAUAGGGACACCCUUUAGAGAAGGUAAUUUGAUCGUAUUAUUUUAGUGUAUAUACCUUCUGACUCGGGAAUUACUCUUCUAGAAAUCUACCCUAUACAAAUACCCACGUAGGUAGACAAAGGAUAUUUGUCACUGCGUUGCUGUUAAAACUCAAAGCUUCGAGACAACCUAAAUGUUCAACAGGAGGGAAAGAUGCAAUAAGGUUCGAAGGAACAUCCACACCAUGGAAUGCAUUGAAUGCAGUGGUUUAAACACAAGGUAAAAA